AUGAAAGGCUCCGGAAAGAAGCUGUGCAACAUCCGCGUCUGGCCGAAAGCGGCAGGUGGUGCCUCGUGGCUCGUUGUUGCGAGCCACUUCAACUUGCAGUUGAUCAAAUGCCAGACUGCUUUGUACCUCCACCUUCACCGCCACCGCCACUGCGAUACGAUCGAAGGUCCAUCCUUCGUCUUCGUUCAGCGGAGCAGUACAUUCGCGAAGUUCUGCCUAGUUCUGCAAUCGCCCAGUGAGCUCGCAGCUCGGGGUCAAGGCUCAGAACCGAGUUGCAUACAGUCAGACACAUGGACGCUACGUAAAAGAUCGCGGUCUUCAUACAAUAUACCUGUGGAAUCGUCGAUGCAUCUGCUCACGAUCGGUCUCUGCUGA